AUGUCAACACCAGUAAAUUUUAUUCCAACAAAUCUUCGUUUAUUAUUAAAAUUAACAAAUUUAACAUCAUUAAAUUUAAGUUCAACAGAUAUUAAAAAUCCAUGUAUUGAUAUAAUAAUUGAUUCAUUACAAAAUUUAGAUACAUUUGAUUUAUCAUCAUGUCGUUCAAUAAAAUUAUUUAAUUCAUUAUUAAAAUUAUCAUCAAAAUUAAAAUGGCUUAAUUUAUAUAAUUGUUGUUUUCAUAUGCAACAAAAUCCUACUAUAUAUCAUAUAUUAUAUCAAUUAAAAUAUCUUGAAUAUUUAGAUAUAAGUAAUGAUAAUAUAUUUAAUGAUAAUAAUAAUAAUAAUAAUAAUACGAAUUCAAUAAUUGAUAAUGAUAAUGAUUUAAAUAAAUUUUUACGUCAAGAUAAUUGUUUACCACGUUUAAAACAUUUUGAUAUAAGUGGACAAAAAACAAUAUCAUCAAUAUCAUUAUAUCAUUUUUUAUUAAAUCAUAAAAAUUUACAAUUUCUUGGUUUAUUUUUAACUAAUGAAAAAUAUUCUCCUUGUGUAUUUGAUAAAAAUGAUUUAUGUUAUUCAAAAUAUCGUCAUUAUACAUAUGAUUUACAACAUAUACAAACAAUAACAUUAACUGAAAAUGAUUUAAUAUUAUAUGAACCAUAUCUUAUUGAAUCAUUAAAACGUUAUCGUGAUCGAUCUGGUUUUGUACAAAAAAUACUUUAUUAUAUUUUUUUUCUAACACGUUCAUUUCGUUCAAAACAACCAAAUCUUCUUAUUGAACUUAUACUUCAUGUUAUAUCAAUACAUUCAAAUUUACAAACUGUACAAAUGGCAUCAACAGCAUGUAUUUAUAAUUUAACACGUACACCAAUGACCGAACGAAUACAUGUUAAAUAUUUAGCACAAAUUGUACAAGCAACAAUGAAUGUCAUGGCAACAUUUCCAAAUCAACAACAAUUACAAAAAAAUUGCUUAUUGACAUUAUGUAGUGAUCGAAUUUUACAUGAACCACAUUUUAAUUUUUAUUUAUUAGCUACAUUAGUUAUGCAUAAUUUACUGCAUUAUACUGAUUUAGCUAUUAUACAACCGGGAGUGGCUAUUCUAUCUUUAUUAACAACUAGAUUAACAAUUGAUGAAUGUACACAAUUAGGUUCAGUAAUAAAUUUAAAACGUUUACUUCAAUUAAUUGAACAACAAAUCGAUCGUUUACAAACAAUGCAAAUAAAUCAAAAUCAACAAGCACACAAUGUUCAAACUCAACAAACAUUAAGUGAUAUUGAUUUAACAUUAAAUCAUAAUCAACAAUUAACUAGUGAUGAUACAUUACGUUUUUGUUUAAGUUUAUUAUGGAAUUUAACUGAUGAAAAUGCAAUUGUUUGUGAAAAUUUUAUUCAAUCAAUGGGUUUACAAUUAUUUCAACGUCUUCUUAAUUUAUUUUCAACAGAUACAAUUGUAUUAACAAAAAUUGUUGGUCUAUUAAGUAACAUAGCUGAAGUAUCACAUUUAAAAAUUUAUCUUUAUUCAAUUGAUAUUAUUCCAUUAAUGCAAAAAUAUAUAACUGAAGCUAUACUUGAUGUUGCUUUUUCAGCUGUUGGAAUUCUUGCACAUUUACUUUAUGAACAAACAGAUGAUGAAAUUAAUUUAGAAUUAUGUCGACAAAUGAGAAAAACAAUUGUAUCAUGGCAAAAUCCACAUACAAAUAUGGUUACAUAUAGGUAA